UCGUUACUUUCCCGAUUAACCAAAGAGGCAAAUACGAUCGUCCUGCUAUCUUCUUGCGUUCUUAGUAAUACAGGAUGUGUUUUUGUGGGUUAAUCACAGUCUGAACGAAAAUUCCAUUAACGCUGCAUUAUUCUUUAUGUUCGGUCAAAUUCCAUUCUCGAGGUAAUUGGACGUAGGACCAAAAAAUUGUAGGCAGAAUCGAACUUCGAUUGUCGAGAGAGUAACGAUGUCGUCACCGGACAUUGCUGGCAUCUUGGACAAUUCGAAAGAGCUGGAUCAGUUAAGGAAAGAGCAAGAGGAGGUGCUCAUCGAGAUCAACAAGAUGCACAAGAAGCUUCAAACAACUAAUGCAGCUCCUGAGGUGGUUGAGAAGCCUGGGGAUAGCUCAUUAUCGAAACUUAAGGUAUUGUACACUCGUGCAAAAGAGCUUUCGGAAAGUGAAGUAAGUAUUUCCAACUUACUGGUAAGCCAACUUGAUGCUCUGCUGCCACCUGGACCGCCAGGGCAACCACGAAGAAGAAUAGGAAAAGGCAAUGAGCAGAAAAAGAAACGACUGAAGUCUGACUCAGAUAUUUCAAGGCUAUCUCCUAGUAUGCGAAAUCAACUUGAGAUUUAUGCUAGUCUUAAGGGUGAGCAGGUGGCAGCUAGGGUUACGCCACAUGAUGCUGAUAAAGAUGAAUGGUUUGUUGUUAAAGUGAUGCAUUUUGACAAGGAAUCAAAAGAAUUUGAGGUACUAGAUGAGGAACCUGGUGAUGAUGAAGAGGGCGGUGGCCAAAGAAAAUACAGGCUUCCCGUGGCAAAUAUUAUUCCUUUCCCCAAGAGGAAUGAUCCUGCUGGUGCUCCAGAUUUCCCUCAUGGAAGGCAAGUUUUGGCAGUCUAUCCUGGGACUACUGCCCUUUAUAAAGCCACAGUAGUCAAUGGCCAUCGCAAGAGGAAGACAGAUGAUUAUUUACUGGAAUUUGAUGAUGACGAGGAAGAUGGAUCUUUACCUCAAAGGAUCGUGCCCUUCCAUAAAGUGGUUCCUUUGCCAGAUGGACAUCGCCAAUGAAUUGAGCUGUGAAUAAAGUAGACGCUGGCCUAAUGUUACCAUGAGCCGGUUGCUUAAUAAGUUCUUUUUAUCUUUUCUGACCCUUCUCUUUCUUUUCUUCCCUUUCUUUGUUUGUUUUUUUUUUUUUUCCCAUUCGGGCCUACACGAUAAUGGCGUUGAUGGCCCACGUAAUUCUACAAGCAGAUCCAUCCACAGCCCUCUGUACCUUCCGCAGCCACGAGGAAGAAGAAAAGAAAAGUGAACAGAAUGAACAGUAUGUUUUCUUGUGUCUUUAAGGUAGAUAGAGUUCUCCCUAACAUUACUGUGUUGUGUAGUAAAUUUAUACAUACAGUGAAGUUGGAUUGGAUUAACUCAAAAAUAGAUAGCAGCAACGAAUCUUAUUCUAACGGUGCAGUUUGCGA